GUGAGUAAACUGCGAAGUUUGCGUUACUUAGCAUUUUAGUAGAUGCUGUUUAUGAAAGUAUGCGUAAAAUACGAUACUAUAAGAAAGUGUAAAGUAGGAAGGAUGUUUAAGUGGAUUUAGAUCAAUCAAUUAACAUCACAUCUGCGAUCCGACGAUUGGCAUUUUACUCAUUUCUAAUGGGAGUUCCUGGCUUAUGGCGUUUGUUAGAGCCGGCAAGAGAGCCUAUAGAAUUACAACAGCUAUCUGGGAAAAUUAUAGCAAUAGAUAUGAACAUCUGGUUGCAUCAAGCUGUGAAAUCUCGAGGCGCAGCAGGUGGUCCUCGUAACUAUUUGGCCAUAUUUUUUCGUCGUUUAUGCAAAUUACUUUUCUUUGGAAUCAAACCAGUAUUUGUAUUUGAUGGUGAAACUCCAGCACUGAAACGAUCAACUAUGAAUUCAAGACGUCAGUUGCGUAGCCUAACCGAAGCAAAAGCAGAAAAAGCCCAAAAACAUCUUCUUCGUCGACUUUUACGUCGUGUUGCAGAAUCCUCUGUAAAAUCACUGUCAACGUCACCGGAUAAAGUAGAAUAUUUUGAGGAUACUGCGAAAAAUGAACUGUUAAGACGAUUGAGACAACAGUCAGACUCGCAUCAAGCUAAAGAAGAUGCUAAGAUGUUCUCAGCUCCAAAUCAUGACUCAACUUCUACAGCAUGUAGCAAUGAUGAUAAUCGUAUGCUGAGUGAAAAGGCCGGUCUAGAAUACGAUGAGCUGGCGCAUGAUUAUCUGGAUGCUUUCUAUUCAUCGGAUAAGAAGUUUUCUGGGGUUGAUCUUGACUCAGAUGCAUUCCGUGCACUUCCUUUACCAGCUCAAUUACGUGUUGUUCAGCUGUUGAGAGAAAUAUUAGACUCUAGUUCAUGCCGUAACAAUUUAGUGCAAUUUGAUGAUGAAGCACAAUUUAACCCAGAACAGUUCUCAGAUGUUCAAAUGAAACGUUUGCUUUUACGUCGUCGUUUAGCAGAACGUCAACAAGAGUUAUCUGAUAAUCUAACUAAACAAGAAGCUGUUCAACAAAUUCUUCAGUUAAACAAUUCUAUGAUAAAAAAUAUUCUAACGAAUCAAUCGUUAUUUUCAACUUUACCGUUUUCCAAUACGACACAGCCGACUACUGCUUCAGAGACUACUGAGACCAUAGCUACAGCUAUGCGUAUUCAGUCACAAGAUGUAGGACAUGCUAUACUCAUUAAAAAAUCUCCAGUGAAUCAAUUGGACGAACGAACUAAAUUGCCUUCAUCUACAACAUUGAAUCUUGAAAAAUUAAUUACAUGUAAUACUGAGAACUUAAAUGUGUCUGAUGAAUGCAAAAAAGUGGAAAUUUCAAAAGAGGACCAGAACAAAGAAAUACCUAAUGACGGUUAUAUGAGUGAAAACCUACGUUCAACACAAGAGACAAAUAUUUCUACAAAUGAAAAUAUUGUAUAUAACUCUGAAUGUGCACCAAUAAAACUAGUUAAUAUCGAGGAAUAUUCAGAUGAACAUCAAGUGUCUAUCCUAUCACAUGUGACUGACAAGAAAAGCCAACUUAAUAAUAAUUGCGAAAAUUACAAUCAACCACUUACGAAAAAUUCUUUAAAUGAUAAUAUGUCCAAUGACUUUCUUCCAGAAAGUUCAUCUACUAUUCCUAAGUUUGAUAAGUCAUCGGAGUUUAUCGAAUUACCUAUUCCAGAACAUUCAUGUGACCUUAUGGGAGUCAAAAAUGAUGAAAUUACUGCUGAAAUUAAUGUAUUGUCUUCUGAUAUACAUGAAUCAAAAUCUUUACAAGUACCUCAUCAGGAUAAAUAUGAUGAGAUCAAAAGUAGCAGUGAUGAUAAUGAUGAUGAUGACUUUAUCGAAGUUGAGACUCACAAACAAGUUGAAAUUUCGAAUACAUCUACUGACUCUAAUUCAUCACAAGAAUAUUCUGUCGAUGAAAACAAUGUUCAAAAUGAGGAUAAAUUAAAUUCUGUCUUCACUGAAGAAGAAUUAACCAGUAAAGAAGUUUCCUAUGAAACUAAUCAACAGAAAGCUGCAUUAUCAUUUGAAUUAGUCGUGGAUGACUAUACCAUUGAUGAUGAUAGUGAUGAUGUAUUGAGAGAAAAAGCUGAUCGUUUGAUGCGUCAAGCUCAGUCGACAACUACGCGUUGUAUUUCAGAAGCCCAGGAGCUACUUCAUUUGUUCGGAUUUCCAUUCGUAGUUAGUCCAGAAGAAGCAGAAGCUCAAUGUGUAGCUUUACAACGUCAUGGUCUAGUUGAUUUAGUUGCAAGUGAUGAUUCAGAUGUAUGGCCAUUCGGUGUUAAACUUGUCUGUCGUCAUUUGUUUGGUACUGGUGGUGGUGAUAAUCUAAAAAGAACAACAAAUCCUUCCAUUUACAAGCUGGAUGAAGUAAAACGUAAAUUAGGCCUUACUAUAGAGAAUAUUCUCCGUUUGACGCUUCUCUGUGGUAGCGAUUAUACACAUGGAAUUGAUCAGGUUGGUCCAGUUACAGCUAUUGAAAUAUUGAGUGAAUUUGAUGAUGGUGAUGAUUAUUCAUUAAAUUGUGAAAUUAACAACUGGCUUCAUGGUGUUGUUAAUGAACCUUCCGAAAAAUUACUUCAUGAUAUCUUACAACCACUAGAACAAUUCACACAUUGGUGGCAAACUACUCGUUCACAAAAUUCUUCACAAUCAAUGAAAAUACUUCGAAUAGCUGAAUCGAAUCCAAUUAGACGUCGUUGGAUAAAUUUGAAACCAUAUCCAGGGUUUCCAGAUAGCCGUAUUGCACGUGCUUACCUCUACCCAAAUGUCAAAACCGAUUUGCCGCCGUUUAAAUGGGAACCACCGAAUGUACCGCUUCUUGUCAAACACGUGAAUACCUUAUUGGGAUGGAAUACUGAAAAAACAGAAGCUAUGUUGGCUUCUGUACUCAAACAUAGACAAAAUAUGGAGCUUGGGGAUCCUAGAGAAAUUCUUUCGUCCAAAUCACUUAUAACAAAUUUUUUUCAGAUUGAGAAUCAAAAGGUUUGCCAAAAAUCGGAAAUUGCUAGUCAUCCCGUUGAUUCAUCAGAGUUGGAUGAAGUAACGGUACCGAGUAAGCGCGUUCGUCACGCAGCCAGUCGCUUACGAAAUCAAAAAACAACAGAUCGAUUUUUUAAAGCUCCCAGUACUUCGCAGCAUACAGCACUAGUGAAAGAUGAAAAUAAUCUGCUUUCUGAAUUACCUAAACUACGUCAGACUCGACGGAGGCAAUCUGUGGAAAAACCUCCAGAGCAAACGAAGACUUUACCCGAGAAAAAACGCAAGGAGAAAGCUCAGAUUAAACCCCAACGUCGUGUAGUAGAACGUGUAUGUUUAUCCGAAGAAGAUGAAGAUUAAAGCAUUGUGAAUGCUCCUCAACGUUGUACAGACUAAACUUAAUUAAAAUUCUUUUGAAUCUCUUUUGUUUAUAUUUCAACUCGUUUUUUUUAAUUAUUCACUUGUUUCAAAGACAUGAGUGACCUUAUUUUACAGAGAAAUGAAAAAUACACAACAUUUUUUUAAACAACAACCAAAUAACGUUUAUUUAAAUGCUAUGCAUAACUUUUGAUAAUAUUAGAUUUAAUAACAUUUU